CCGAGCGAGCGAGCGGAUCGAAAUAAGUUUUAGUUUAGUUGUAAUAUGUUCGCCGUGCGGAUCACGAUAUGACCACAGCGCAUUGCUCGGAGGGAAAACCAACAUGCUGAUGGAGGUUCUGUUUCGAGUCUUCCUGGCGUUCGUCACUAUAGAGCUGGAAUACGUUGAACCUUUCACCAGAAAAAUCCACGAGAAUGAAUUAUGGUUGUACAAAAAUCCACGGGUCGACUCCUAUGUUUCUGCAACAGUAUUAUGGGCAGUAAUAGUCAUUGUUCCACUAGUGGUCAUCACACUGAUAUUAUUGUUUCAAAACGAAAGAGGUGACUUCACUCAGGCUGUAUUAUCGUUUACGCUGUCACUCGGCUUUACUAGUGUAUUAACUAACAUACUUAAAAUAAUUGUGGGAAGGCCAAGGCCAGACUUUUUUUAUAGGUGUUUUCCGGAUGGACAAGUCAAUUUUGAAUUUGAGUGUACAGGUGAUCCGAUAGUGAUAAGAGAUGGAAGAAAGUCAUUCCCUAGUGGACAUUCCUCUUUGGCAUUUUCAAGCUUUGGUUUUGUGGCAUUGUACUUAGCUGGCAAACUUCAUACUUUUAGCUGGAAUGGCAAGGGCCAGUCGUGGAAAUUGUUCCUUUUUGUGUUUCCGCUGGUUAUGGCAUUAGCCAUAGCAGUGAGUCGUACAUGUGAUUAUCACCAUCACUGGCAAGAUGUAAUGAUUGGCUCUGCAAUGGGAUUUUUUCUCACUUUUUUAUGUUACCGACACUAUUAUCCACCUUUGGAUUCUUUAGUCUGUCAUAAACCUUAUGCCUCACUUAUAAAUCACGUGGAACCUAAAGAACUAAAAACCACAAGGAUAGAGCUAAGCAAAUGGACGUGAAGGCUCUUAUUUUAUUUCCGCACCACUUGAAUCGGUGUCAUUUCUAUCUUGUAAAUACAUGUGAUUAUUAUUUGUAAAGUAUUUUAUUAUUUACGACACAUAUAUUUUGUACAAAAAAUAAUGUAAAUCAUAAAUGAAGACUAAUGCCUCAUAAAAAAUAUAUUGCAAUUGUAAAUAAUGC